CAUUCAAAACUCAACCCACUCAGGACUGAGCCAACCUGUUGAGCGGAUGGUGUAGGGUGUUGGUUUCAGUCUGUCUAGAUCAGAUCUUUACGGGUGGUUCCUUCACAACCACGUUUCAAACCUCAACAUUUCACUUUCUUUCUCCUUGAAAAGGGUUAAAUCCACACUGUCAUGAUGAAGACUUUGGCACUAGUUUUCUUGACACUUUUGUCCCUUGUGUUGGCAGAAGGUCAGCAGACAACAGAGGAAGACCCCUUCUCUUUUGAUUAUCACAGACUUCGGGUUGGAGGUCUGAUCUUGGCAGCAGUUCUGUGUCUGAUUGGCAUCACUAUUCUUCUAAGUGGACACUGCAGAUGCAAAUUCAACCAAGACAAGAGGAGGAGGACAGGAAGCAACGCUCAAGCGAUGCUCAACGAUACAGCAAGGGCCAGCGAAUGCUAAAUACCUGCUGGCCUGACCUGAACCAAUCAGAGGAGACGGUCCGUCUUUAUGUGCUGGUUUAUCAGAGGAACCGUUUCUCUUUUAAGACGAGGAACCUGAUACGAAGGUUUUCUGUGUUUUCACUGCCUAUCUGCUCCAGAGGAGGAAGCUGAAAAUCCAUAUACCGUUUUUUUAUAUGCCAGACGUGUCUUUUUGAUAUCAUUUAAUAUAAAUCGAUUACCAAAAAUCUUUUUUUUUCCCUCCUGUCAGUAAUUGUAUUAAAUUAUGUUGGAUGUAGGUGCGCAAGGGAAGGCUUUCGAUGGAAGUGUGCUGAAUCGUAUGAAAACCUGUAACCAAAAAUGACUAGCUCUAGCUGUUCCGCGCAAUAUUACGCUGUUGCAUUCUGUGUGAAGUAGUUUACCGUUCAGGCUUGCUUGGCUAGUUAAAAAAAGACACGAAAAGAUUACGCUAUCAUAUUUACGUCGCGAUGUCGUCAUGUGCUUGAUCCGUUUUCAUUCGCAGCCCGUGCGUCACGGGAUUGCUGGUAGUAUUAAGAGUUUAUUUUUAUCUGUCGUGUGAAAAAUGUCAGAAUCGGUCGAACAUACACUAAAAUAAACUGAGAGACACUAAA